UGGCUGCUGCUGGAGGCGCUGGACACGCGCCGCUCGCGGCCGCUGCACACGGGCCGCUUCCUCACCAUGCACAAGCGCCGCCGCAAGCGCCUCACCACGCGCCAGCUGCAGCAGGACCCCGCGCUGCUCGACGACAUCCACCACGGGCAGGUGCAGUGUGUCCUGGAUCGUGUGUCGCAAUGGCCUUUCAAUGCGUUCACGUUGGAUACUGUCACUGGUGGGAGGUCUCUUCCAGUCCUUUGUGUUCAUCUAUUCCAUUGGUACGGGCUAAUGGAACACUUUAACCUGGAUGUUGUCAGGAUCUGGAAGUUAUUUACACUGGUUGAGGCUGGCUAUCAUAGUACAAAUCCUUACCACAAUUCAAUUCAUGCAACAGAUGUCACCCAAGCCAUGCAUUGUUUUCUGCAGGAGGAGAAGAUCCGGAUGCAUCUCACCCCUCUGGAGAUCAUGUCUUCAUUGAUAGCAGCAGUGACACAUGACCUUGACCACCCAGGCGUCAACCAGCCUUUCCUGAUUGCAACUUCCAAUCACCUGGCUGCCCUCUAUGAGCAUGCUCAAUCUUUCUCACCUCUCUCUGUAAUUAAGAACACUUCUGUUCUGGAAAACCACCAUUGGCGCUCUGCAAUUGGGUGUCUAUUGGAAAGCAAUGUUGCUGAACAACUUGGUGACGCAAGACCUGAGCUUGAGAGGCAGAUCAGCUCACUUAUUCUUGCCACUGAUAUCACUAGACAGCAAGAGUUCCUAACACGUUUCAAGCGUUACCUGGAUCAGAACCUGCUGGAUAUGCGUAGACCGGAAGAUCGACACUUCAUUCUCCAAAUAGCACUUAAAUGUGCUGAUAUUUCUAAUCCUUGCCGACCUUGGGAUGUUAGCCGGAAAUGGAGUCAAAAGGUUUGUGAGGAGUUCUUCCGUCAAGGUGAUUAUGAACGACAGCUGAACUUGCCAGUAACAUCAUUGUGUGAUCGGCAGACGACUUCUGUGCCAAAGAUCCAAGCGGGCUUCUUCCGGUUUGUGGUUUCACCACUAGUAGAAGAGUGGCAUCGUUUCCUAGGAACACCUCUUUCUCGUCGAAUGAUGUCUCAUCUGCGCACCAAUCAAGCACGUUGGGAAGCAUUAGUCCAGCAGGAACUAGCAGAGGAAACUCGCACAGAAAUUUCAGAUGCUGAGCCUGAACCUGAGCUUGAUGAGGAAGAUGAAGUCAUACAGGCAGAAGAGGAGGAUGGAGCGGAACUCCUUCCACUGCCUGCAGUCAUACCUGCAGCUGCUGACAUGCAACUGUAUGCAGCACCUGCUCGUCGGCGUCACUCUGUGCCACUCAGUGCUCCUCAGCCACCACCAGUAUCACGGACCGUUAUCCGCCGGGAAAGCCUCCCUCCCCCUCCUCCACCACGUAGCCCUCGAAGGAGAGGCUCCCCCCUACCACCUCCAUCAGUUUCACCUCUUUCACCUGCUGUCAGCCCGCAACUGCUGGAUGAGCCAUCACUAUCACCACCACUUUCAUCUAGCAGUAGUAGUGGUGCAGGAGCAAAUCAGCCACCCCCAGCAGACCACAGUGCUGAGAACUUGCUACCAGAACCGAGCAUUGCUAGUAUUACAACCAGCACUGAGGCUAGCCGACUGUCGUCUGUCCUUCGAGGUUCUGUGCCAUCUUCCUCAGGAAUGAGAGGUGCAACUGCUACGUUAACACGUCAGCAGACCUUUCCCCCUCUGCAACCUUAUGUGAGGGCACGCUAUUCAUCUGCAGCAUCAGCAUCGGCAGCAGCAGAACUGUCAGAGGCCGCAUCAGACUCCUCUGAUCCACCAGCAUCACCGCCACGACGUGCAUCUCUCGCAGCACCACUUCGAGAACGCGCACAUCAGCCACAACAGCACUGCAAACGUGAACAAUCUGACUGUCCUAGUGUUGGUUCAUUUUCUGGCUAUAGUCACACAGAUGGCAGUGCUCCAGCAAAGCUGCCAAAACUGAGUCCACCUCCACAGUCUCUGUCACCAACUGAGCCUGCAUCUGACUCAAAAGGUGGCCUGUGGGAAAAGGAAAACGUUGAUCCUGAUGAAAUAUGUCGGUCUGCAGCUCUGCGAAGGAAUGGUGCACAGGCUCUUGCUCGGAGGCGUGGAUCUGCUCCUGUAGCAUUACUAUUGGGACGUGCAGAAGAUCCACAGUCUGCAGGAUUAGCACUCAGGGGGGGAGGAGAGAGAUUCCUCCGACGGGGCUCUGUGCCCGUUGAUGUCAACAUCAACAGACAAAGUGUUUUGAGACCACUGGGCUUUAAAGAGAACUGUGCGCCCCCCCACUGCAUGCCGAGGCGAUCUUCGCUUCCGUAUGACUUAGUUCGUCACACCAACACAACCACCACCACCACUACCAUCACCACCACCACCUUGCCUGCCCCCUUAACCAUACCCACAGAAAAUAUACUGAGAUCCAAUGGAACAGAUGUACCAGAUACAGCAGGAACAGGACGGUGGCGCACAAGGAAGAAAAUGCUGCGACGGCGAAGUUCAGGCGGGCCAGAGAUGUUUGGUACAUCUGCACCAAACACAGGACAACGGAGAGGAUCACUUCCAGGGGUGCUGUCAGGGGACAGCAGCUGUGCAGAAGUUGGUCUCUCCUAGAUUGUGAGAAUAUGAUACCAACUCAGGUUGAAGUGAGCCUUCAGUCUACUUCUGGACCCAACAUCAGGAAUUAUUUUUAUUACAGGUACAAAAUAGCUAGAAAAGUGUACACAGCUUCCAUCCUCAUUAAGAGUGAUAGUGCUGAAAAAAGUGUAAUAAAUAUUUCUAUAAUAAAUGAUUUUUAAUGAUGUAUUUGAUGAAAUGGAAAGACUUUGCAACUACACAUGUGUGAGUAUGCCUUCCUGGCCAGAGUAAUAUCUUUUUAUAAAUUUAAAUCAGAGUAUGAGUGAUGAUAUAAGUAACUGAAUGAUAAAGAUGAACAGAUAUAUAAUUUUGUGACAGCUUUUCAUACUUCCCUUAAAUUAGCAUUUCAAGAAUUUUUGUGUAAUGUUGGAUAUAUAUAUAUAUCUUAUAUAAAGUUUAUUUUAUAUAUCACAAACAAAUACAGGCAUUGUGUUUUAAGAACACAACUGUACGCUUAUACAUCACCGGAGUUUAUACAGAGGGAUCAAGCAAGUUAGAAGAAAUAUUAUUUGAAACAACACAGGUAGAGACAGAGUUAUUGUGUAGUUGAAAAGUCACAACAUAUAAAUAUGUUAUUUAUUUAUUUAUUUCUGUUCAUUAUUCUGGAUCAUAUAGAGCAUUUUUUGAUCAGUUGAAAGUCAUUAUUGUAAGCAUGAUGUACAUUUUUCUGACGGUCAUAGCCACGAGUGCCCCCUGUGGACUCACUGUUGGUGUCAGCGUAUAGUCAGGGGAGGAGCGCAGACAGGGUUUUGUACUCAAUCAACUGUAUACGCUUACUCUUCUCACAGUAUCACAUAGUUUUUAAGAGACUAAAGAAACAUCUGAUGACAACAAUAAUAAAUUGUCAAUUUAAAAAGAAAGUUCAUACUCAAUGUAUAUAAAAUGAGCCUUUCACUGUGUCUACAUCUUUCUGUAUUUCAACAGUUGAAACAUUCCAUAUAAAAUGAACUUCAAACAAGGCCACAGAUGAAAGGGGCUCUGGUGUAUAGAUAUUAAAUGUUGUGUCUGUUUUGAGAUGUGAAGGCUGUAUAGAUGUAGUGGAUUUGAUUUUGAAGAUGAUGUUUAAUGAUUUUGUGUUGUAUAAUUUUUAAAUGAUGCAUCUCUGGUACUUUAUCCAUAAUCAGGUAGCUACCUGAACAGUGACAUGAAAUUAUGAUCAAAGAACUGUUCAGCUGUAACUAAGCAAAGAUCUGCUGCUUUACACGAAUGAGUAUUUGAAACAAAAUAUUCACAGGGUUUACAAGACAUGUAAAUUUACAAGGCAUGUAAAUAUAGUAUUGUGUAACAAUGGAUGCAAGUAUUAAAUUUCAGUGAUGUAUGUAAUUAAAUUUUAAUUGUAAAGUACAAUUUUAUAUAGUAGGCAAUCUCUUUUAUGUACCAUGUCCUAUGUGACUCUUUUAAUUUUCAGUCUGCAUGUGUUCUAUAACACUGAAUGAUCUUUAGUGUGAGGUAUGUAUUUCACAGUGUUUCAAUGACAUAUAAUGUGAUGUUUAUCUAAAAUAUGCAGAGUUUUUGUAAGAAAUAUUACAGUACUGCCUUUCAGUAUAGUACAUGGAUCAGCCAUAAAUUUUCGAUGUCUAAAAAUGAUACUCUGCUACUAAUGAAGUGAACAUUCAUUUGAUGUAACAAUAAGAAUAUCAGAUACAAAUUAAUAUUAGUUGUGAUGUCUUAAACCUCUGACUGUACUCUAUAUGUUCUUUUUUCCAAGUCAUAGUGACUGUGGAAUGUGAUGUAUGUGUGCACAUCACAUUUUUGUCUUCACAUACAGUUUUAAAUAUGCUUAUUUACAAACUGUGGGAAAAUGUGCAAUAAGUCCAUGUAACAUUUCUCAUCUAUUAUAUAUCAAGUGUCGAAGUAGUAAAGGGGUAAAUUGUUACAUUCAGUGAAGGUGUUACAAGUUUAGCAAGUAAAACUACACAUAUGUAUUCAAGAAUUAUGUUUGAAACUAUUGGCAACAUGUUUUGUCUUGUAUUACCUGUUAUGACUGAUGAAACUGAACUAGCCAUGCCUCGUAUAAUAAAUGGAUGAAAUUAAUGGACACCCUACUUACAGAAGUUUUCAUUUGGCUCAGAAAUGAUGAUUAAAAAGCAAAUGGUGUGUCAGAUACCAAAAGAAACAUAAAAAUAUUGUGUGUUACCCCAUGCUACGUUGACAAUCUGACUUUGUUUUAUACAAAUAAGAAAAAAAGAGUGGCUUAUUUUGAUAACAUUGUCCCAGAACUGUGUUUACUUUCAAUGAACUAUUCAUGUAUUGAUAGCCUUAAUAUUGUGUUGUGGUAAACUGAGCAAUGAAAGGUGUGCAGCAUUGUUACUAGUAAUUUAUGAUAGUCCUACUUGUUUGCUUUUUGUUUCAUUGGAACCUUUAGAUAUGUGUGAUUCUGUAAAAUAUGAGAUGUACAUAUGUAUCAUGAUCGAUGUAUUUCAUUUGUGAGUCCAUUCCAUGUUUCACAAUGUUUGUAUUGUCUUUUUUGUAUUUGUGAAAGAUGAUGAAUGUUAUUCUCCUUCUAUUGUAUGAUACUAUAUCCUCUUCUAUUGUACAUGUGAACUGAACUUUUAAAAAUGUGUCUCAAUUUUUGUAAAUAUCCAUUUUAAAUAUUUAUCUACCAGAACUCUGAAGGUGCUAUGAAACUAUGUCUCUGUUCUACAGUUAUGCCCCUCUUUGCCAUGGGCUCUCUACCUACUGACCUCCAGCAAUACUGCAUGUUUAUAUUCCAAGUAUGAAUGUUGUGUGCACCUUAAUGUUUGUUCCUCUGUAUUUCUUAAUCUGUCACAAGAACAAUCAGUUUCAAAACAAAAAAUAGAUGUUUUAAAGUAGGAAUGAAAUGCAGGAUCACAGCUGACUUCAUUAAAGUAUUAUAUUUCAAGUUCAUCUCUUAAUAUGUCAAAUAUUUAGCGUGAUGGCAUUUUUUUAACUUGUGGAAGAUUGUAACCAUCUGUAGAAUGGAAUAUCUGUUGGUGUGUGUGUGUGUGUGUGUGUGUGUGUGUGUGUGUGUGUGUGUGUGUGUGUGUGUGUGUGAGUGAGUGAGUGAGUGAGUGAGUGAGUGAGUGAGAGAGAGAGAGAGAGAGAGAGAGAGCAGAUCACAGCUGAACAUUUGAAACAAAAUUGACAUUGUACAACGUUUUAUUGCUUUUGUUUGUGUAAUUAUUGUGUUAGAAAUGUAAAUUGUACAUUUUUUAAGAAUAAUUGUUCCAAGUUUUUAAGACACUCUUCUGUCUGUGGAAUAACUUAAUUGACUUUGUGUUGAAUUAGCUUUGUUGGAGUUGUGUGAAAACCAUAUCAGCCUCUAUAUUUUAAAAGUAUAGAAGGUCAUGUUGAAUGGAAACAUUUGUGAGGGACAGUUAAUAACAAGAAUUUUUGUGGAUGUUGUAACCUGUUUCUUCAUAACUGUAUUGCAACAAAAAAUAAUGGUCAUAUAAGAUGUACUGUGUAACUUAAUUAUUCUUCGACAGAGAAAUGGUUGUAGAACUAUUUUCUCUGUACAUGACUGAUAUUCUGUGCAGCUGUUAGUGAAUAAAUAAUUGGAAAUCCUUUAAAUUA